UCAUGAAACUGUGACUGUUAAUCGAGCUGUGACUAAGGUGCGUGUUGCAAAAUACUUGGACCUCUGGAGACUCUCAGUUCGAACAAAUAUCGUACUUUUUGGUGGUGUUGCUCUAUAUCGUCGGGAACUCCUCCAGCUUCCAACAGACAAUGCAUGGGGCACCAAAAGGGCUCUUUUAUGCCAUUUGCUAUCCCAUUAUUGCUAUUGUUGGUGCUCCGGCCAAUUUGCUGGCGAUUGGAAUUUUAUCCCGAGGACGUUGUGGACUCUCCAAAUGCAUCACAUACUAUCUUGUGGUGAUAGCUGUCAAUGACUUCUUUGUGAUAAUAAUUUCCGUCAUCCUAAACAGGAUUGGCCGCAUUUACUUUCGGUACAGUGUCUUGUUUACCACACCAGUAUGCAGCCUUGGCGCUGUACUAGUCUAUGGUACCCGAGAUGGCUCAGUGUGGCUGACAGUGGCCUUCACCAUCGAUCGUUUUGUUGCCAUCUGCUGCCAGAACUUGAAGAUCAGAUACUGCACUGAGAAAUCUGCAUCACUGGUCAUUGGAACAAUUUGUAUCCUGAGUUGCAUCAAGAAUGUCCCUUUAUACUUUAUCUACAAGCCGUUGUAUACGAUUAGGGGUGUGCCCUGGUUCUGUGAUAUCAAGUCCAGCUAUUACACUUCUCCAGUCUGGCAGGCCUACGACAUGCUCGACCCCAUCUUAACCCCCAUUUUCCCAUUCAUUCUCAUUUUUCUUCUCAAUGCUUUGACUAUAAAGCACAUCUUAUGGGCCAACAGAUCCAGGCAGAGGCUUCGAGGUGUUGAGAACUGCCAAGAUUCGGAGAUGGUGAAUCGCAAGAGGUCCAUUGUCCUGCUGUUUGCCGUCUCACUCAGUUUCCUUCUCCUGUGGGCUACCCAGGUCGGGCGUUUCCUCUACGUGCGAGUUCGAGGUGCAGGUUAUUUCAACAGCCAGAAUUUCAAAGACCCACAGUACAUCCUUUCAGAGACUACCAACAUGCUCCAGUUACUCAGCUCCUGCAACAACAUCUUCAUCUACGCUGUAUCUCAGAACAAGUUUAGAGAGGAGCUUAAGGUGGUGAUAAAGUAUCCAUUCACCAUCUAUAUCAGAUUCUUCAAACGUUAAAAGAAAAACAAAAUUGACCCAUCUUAUUUAUCAUCUAUCAGAGUGACUCCGUUUGCAACGCUAUUUCUUGAAUUUGAAUCUGGCAUUUGUGUGUCGAGGCUCCUGCACUUGAAAGAGAUGUCAUGUCCAUUAUCUAGCUGAGAUGGUUCUCAAUUCCGAAUUCUAAAGGAAUCUGAAAUUAUCGGAGCUCCUAUCUUUCAGGAUGAGAUGCUAAACCACGGUCCAGAUCAGUGCUCACUAUUUCAAUUCUCCAGUGUUCUGGGCCCAUGGAAAUUUAUGUACUCAUUUCUUUUCCACCCACUCUCAUUCCCUCCUUCCUCCAUUUUAACUUUCUCUUUAGCCUUUGUUUCUUAUCUCAGAACUGUCAUCACCAUCUGACAGUGAUUUCUGUUUAAAUGUUCAUUGUUUCAUUUCCUCGAGGUCAUUCCUUUAUUUAAUUAUUCUUCAUGAUACUUUGAAAGGAUUUUCUUGACUGGUCCUCCCAAAUAUCUAUGAUGCCACUUGCUUUUCGCACAAUCUUGUUACUUUUCAAAUUGUCAGUCAUAGAGAUGUACAGCACGGAUACAGACCCUUUGAUCCAACUCGUUCAUACCGACCACACAUCUUAACCU